CGUUUUCAAACUGUUAUCAAAAGUGCAAUAAAUGUUCGUACAUUAAGUCUCUCGUUUCCUUGUACUGCAGUUAAACCGAAUAAACUAGAAAACUUCACGUUCCACGAAGAUGCGUAAAUAAACUCAGAUAUAUCUUGUAAACAAAUACUUCGAGGUUAAUUUUAGGAAUAACCUUGUCAAUAUAAAUUUUAAUAUUCUUCUAAUAUGUCUGGACAAUUAGCUCGACAAGCAACUAAACAAGUUCGUCCAUUAAUAUCAACUUCUCGUGAGGAAGCUCGUAGAAAUGUGCUUCGACUUUACAAAGCUUGGCAGAGAAACCUUUUAAAUAUGAGGUAAUAUGGAAUUGGAAGAAACAAUUAAUGGUUGGAAACAGCCAAUGCAUGUGAUGGCUUAUUUUAAAGACACUGUUGAGCCUAGACCAAAAAACUUUUUAGGACGCUUCUUUUCUGGUUUAGAAUAACUUUCAAAAUAAGUAUAUGUUUGCGAUUACAAAUUAUUUGUAAAUAAAUAUUAUUUAGUAAUUUUGAAUAGCACCUUUGUAGCACUUAUAUGAUUUUUGAAGAAUAAAAUUCUAUUGGUUAUUAUUGUGUCUUUAAAUUGAAUAAAACUUGUAUAAAACUGAUAGCUACUAAAACUAUAUUUGUGUUUUGGAAAUAUGUAUGGUUUAAAAAAAUAAAAUUUAAGUUUGGAAGUUA